AUGCAGUUCAGAGUCGCGAUACAAGCGGUACUCGCCGCUGUUCUCUUUGGCAGUAUGGCCUCGGCCAGCCCCGUGCCCUGCCCAGAUUCAAAGCGAGACCAGAUCCUCAUGGGAACACUCGCGCCCGAGGCAUGCUGUUCAUAUGGCAUCUGCAAGGGUGAUGUCGUCGUCCAGGGCGGAUGA